CGUGUUGCCUGUUUAUCACUUGGUUUACACGGUUACAUAGUUUCAGUCAUGUAUCGGUAUUUCGGGGAGCUGCUGAGCCGCUCUGCGGGUACUGCCCUGGCCUCCGGGUGCGUGGACUCCGCUCUCCCGGCGUCCUCGUCCCUGAUGCGGGUCCGCCACUAUGCCGACGCCGCGGACAAGCCCGACGACCCGAACUUCUUCAAGAUGGUCGAGGGUUUCUUCGACCGCGGCGCCUCCAUCGUUGAAGACAAGCUGGUGGAGGACCUGAAAACCAGGGAGAGCCCCGAGCAGAAGAGGAACCGUGUGCGGGGAAUCCUGCGCAUCAUCAAGCCCUGCAAUCACGUCCUGAGCGUGUCUUUCCCCAUCAGGCGGGAUAACGGAGAGUGGGAGGUGAUCGAGGGCUACCGCGCCCAGCACAGCCAGCACAGGACGCCCUGCAAAGGGGGUAUCCGUUACAGUACAGAUGUGUCUGUAGAUGAGGUCAAGGCUCUGGCCUCUCUGAUGACCUACAAGUGCGCUGUUGUUGAUGUGCCAUUUGGGGGAGCCAAAGCUGGAGUCAAGAUCAACACCAAGAAUUACACCGAUAAUGAGCUGGAGAAGAUUACCAGGAGAUUCACGAUUGAGCUGGCCAAGAAGGGUUUCAUUGGACCCGGCAUCGAUGUCCCGGCCCCCGACAUGAGCACAGGAGAGAGAGAAAUGUCCUGGAUUGCUGACACGUACGCCAACACCAUCGCACACACUGACAUCAAUGCCCACGCCUGUGUGACAGGAAAGCCCAUCAGCCAGGGAGGAAUUCACGGACGUAUCUCAGCCACCGGUCGUGGAGUUUUCCACGGCAUCGAGAACUUCAUCAACGAGGCGUCCUACAUGAGCAUGCUGGGCCUGACACCAGGCUUCCAGGACAAGACCUUUGUCAUCCAGGGCUUUGGUAAUGUGGGUCUCCACUCCAUGAGGUAUCUGCACAGGUUUGGGGCCAAGUGUGUGGGUAUCGGUGAGAUCGAUGGAUCCAUCUACAACCCAGAGGGUAUCGACCCCAAACAGCUGGAGGACUACAAACUGAACCACGGCACCAUCGUGGGCUUCCCAGGAGCCAAACCUUACGACGGGAACAUUUUGGAAGCAGACUGCCACAUCCUGAUCCCUGCAGCUGGAGAGAAGCAGCUCACACGUGUCAACGCCCCCAGGAUCAAGGCCAAGAUCAUCGCUGAGGGUGCCAACGGGCCCACCACCCCAGAUGCUGACAAGGUGUUCCUGGAGAACAACGUCAUGGUUAUUCCUGACAUGUACCUGAACGCUGGUGGUGUGACUGUAUCUUAUUUCGAGUGGCUGAAGAAUCUCAACCACGUCAGCUAUGGGAGACUGACUUUCAAAUAUGAGAGAGACUCAAACUACCACCUGCUCAUGUCCGUGCAGGAAAGUUUAGAGAGGAAGUUUGGCAAGCAGGGAGGACCCAUCCCCGUCGUUCCUACUGCUGAUUUCCAGGCCAGAGUUGCUGGUGCCUCUGAGAAGGACAUUGUUCACUCUGGGUUGGCCUACACCAUGGAGAGAUCUGCUCGGCAAAUUAUGCGCACUGCGGCCAAGUACAAUCUGGGUCUGGACCUUCGGACAGCUGCUUACGUCAACGCCAUCGAGAAGGUCUUCAAAGUCUACAACGAGGCCGGGCUUACCUUCACAUAAAUGGCCAAUCUUGUCCUCUCCCUCACCUCCACCCUCCUGCCUUUGAUCCCUCCUGCCCCCCGACCUUUUAAACAGCCUUCAGAACAUAUCACUGUUUACCACUGGUCUUUGGCUCUUUUAAACACACACACACACACACACACACACAUACAUACAUACAUACAUACAUACAUACAGCGAAACAUAGGCUUGCCUUGUACUUAUCCUGUGAUCUUUGCUCUGCCAUGAGUAAAUGUUGCCCUCUUGUUUUUGUUGCCUGGUUAUAUAUUGAGAUGAAAGCAGAAAGAGAGUAACAUCUUGCCAGAACGAAAGACCCUGUUCAUCCCUCAUGUAAACGUUCAUGAUAUUGUCGUGUGGCAGCCAUGUUCAAAGCACCAUUAUUGUGAUCGCUGAAUGCAUGUGUGACCCUUAUGUUGCGGUUAUUCAGUAAACAGCACUACAGAUGCCUUAUUUGAGCAAGAGGUCUGCUCUUUAAUAGAAAUAGCCUCUUGAAUUUAACUUUAAUUUAAAGGGAUUUAGAUGUGAAUAACAGAGAAUAGUAAUUUUAUGCCCCCUCAGUUUCAACUUGAACUUCAGGUGUUAAAGGGUUGUUAAGUCACCAAGGUUUAGGAUCCCCACAAGGAUUAUCUUCAGUCAUAGUUUGUGUAUUUACCUGCAGAGAUUACCCCCGUCACCUCUUUUUCUUCCCACCUUUCCUGUUGCUUUGACUUGAAUAUUAAAAGCAGCUUCUCCCCGACUCCUCCGCUGGCCAAGAAAGGGGAGCAGGGAGGGAGCUUGGUGUCACUGUGACCUCCCGUCCCGUUGGCAAUUUUGCUCAGUUUUAAUCGUCCAGUUCCUCAACAUUCAAAGUGUUUAUGGAGGAAAUUUUUAUUUUUAUUUUAUUCUUUUUUUUUGGAAAACCAAUAAAAUACUCAGAAAAAGAGGCAAAA